GGGGGGGGGGUGACAUAUCCAUAAAGUACCCGGGUACCCGACCCAUCUCUGCCUCAGAGAGUAGUAUUUUCAAGUUUGUGUUUUUCUUAUUAAAAAUUCCCCACAAUAAAUUAAGCCUUUUUGAGGAAGACAGAAACAGUUGUUUGUUUGUUACCCUAUUCUCGACCAAAUAUUAAAUCAAUGAAUGUUGGAAUAAACUUUAAAUAAAGUUGAGAUCUUCCCCUUUUAUUUAAUGUAAGGGAAAAAUAAAUUUCAAAAAUAAAUGUAUACCCCCCAAUAUUUUCGUCAUUGGAGACGUUCAUUAGCAACUACAACCCCUGAAGAUGACAAAAAAGAAUUUGGGGGUGAAGAAGAAAGAGAAGAUUCUUUAAAAAGUGAAGAUAACAAGACUGAUAGUUUUCUAAAAUCUUCAGAAAUUCAUCCAAAAAAUACAAGGGGAAAAGAUGAACAAAGCCUUAGAUUAGCCGGAUUGAGAAGAAAUUCUUUACUUUUGUUGUUUAUUUGGUUGGGGGUUGUUGCUACGUUGGCUUUAAUAUUGCUUAUUCUCAACAUUUCUCUCGUGCUUGUUUUACAAAUGUCCCCUCAAGGAAUGCGUUCUUUACGUAUUUAUUCUUUUACAAACCCAAAGACUGGUUAUUCUGAACCUGCCGUUCAUUUUUCUGCUGAACAAACUCAUUUGGGACAAGUUGUGGCAAAUAGUGGUAAAGUACUUGGACAGAGGGGAGUAAAUCUUGAGAUUCAUGGCUCUCGUGUGCUUAUUCAAACAGGGAAUGAGACUAAAACUGUUUUACAAGGAGGAGAAUGCAAGAUUGAAGGGGUUAAACAAUUCCAAAUUAGACAACCAGGGACAGAUAAAGUGCUGUUUAGUGCUCGCCACCCACUCGUUUCCAUCGACAGACGAAUCAAAAAAAUAUCUUCAGGACACAUUAUUACAAGUAAAUUGAGAUCUCCAAUAGAUGAAUCUAUUCACAUAACAGCUGAAGAUUUGGGGUUAAGAGGGAAUGAAAGGAUUCAAAUGGAGGCUAAAGCAAUUAAUUUUACAGCAAAGACAGGCAUUCGAUUUUCUACAACGGUGAGGAGGAAUAAAAUUAAUACACUCUGUUUCAAAAGUAUAACCCACUUUAAUUUUUUUACUUUUUUAGUUGCUUAA